CACCGAUUUCUCAGCGAUUUGUCAUUGUGACAUCGAAACGGCAGGCUCUCGGUUGGAUUUUUCGCCAAAUUUCCUGGAAAUUUUGCAUUUUGUGUGGCCAAAAGUGUGCUGAAAUGGCUGAUUUAGACGAUUUCUUUGCCAAGAAGGAUAAAAAGAAAUCCAAAGUGAAGAAAUUUACCACAGCGGAUGACCUCGUGAAGAAGCUCGAAGACACGUCAAAGAAGUCGGACUCAAAGGGUAAAACUCGUGGGGCCGGCAAUGAAGAGGAGUACCACAAUCAAGAGCAUGAGGAUGAAUGGAAGGACUUUGAGGAGGAGCGCAAGGAUUACUCAGGAUUGAAGAUUGGCCAGUUGACGCUCAAUGAAGAGGACCACCAUACAGAUGGGGAUCAAGGCUCUGAAGCCCAGAGUGACACAGAAGGCAAUGCCGAGGCAGGAGAACGCAAAACAGGGCCAUGGAAGGCCGUUCCGGAAGCAGCUCCACAGCAGCCACCUCAGCCUCCGGCUCAGCCAUCGCAGCCUGCUGAGCCCAAAAUCUACAGACCACCGGCUCUCCAGAGUCAGUUGGCCAAGGUGAAAUUGCGUGAAAUGAAAAGUGGCGUAGCGCCAGACAUCUCGAGUGAAGAGUACUUUCCAUCGCUUGGAGCAGCUCCUCCAAAGCCAGAGGCGCCCAAGAAGAAACUGGACCCUGGCUUUGAGGAGGUGAAACACGGCAGCCGGUCUGCUAGACCCUCAGAAGUGGCAAAAAGCUCACCGGUCACCAUAGGAAAUCGUUUCCACUCCCUGGCUGGAGAUGCUAGCUAGAAUCUUAUGACAAUUUCCAAAUUUAUAAUGAUUUUCCCGAAGGCGCUUCGUCAUUGCAUAGAGAUACAGAUGGAAAUGAGAAAAAAAAUCUAUAUAUCACAUGAGAGAAACUGAUAAAAAAAUGAUAUAUCUUUCGUUACUUGAAGCAUGGGAUGAAAUACAUGGGAGAGCCUAACAUAAUGAUCCAAGGAGAGUUAAAGGAAAAUCGAAAAGUUAUUUCUACAGAAAAAAAAUAAAAAUAAAAUAAUAAAAAAAGCUGCAGUUUGAAACAUUCAAAAUAUUGUAAAAAAAAAUCUCCCAAUUUGAAAUUAUUCCUGAAUGAUUAAAUUUACAAUAGAUAGAACAUUUUGAGGGGCUACUGAGAAUGAGAGAUAAAUACUGAAAGAGAUAAUAAAAAAAAACUUGCAUAAUAAUUUCAAAAGUGGUGUGUGGUGUAAAGGAAACUACUAAAAAAAACAACUUGAUGAAUUAUUAUUGAAUAAAAUAUCGUGAUAUAAUUGGGAAAAAUCACAGUUCUGCAUUUAUCUAAAAUUCUUUCUUUAGAAACUCUCUCUUAUUGCUGAUUAAAUGCCUAAUGAGUUUUA